AUGACUUUGCCCAAACUCAGUAGUGUUUCUGUUUCAUCCGGUCACGUUAGCGCCAACUCACAUGGUUUCUCGAUACUUGGCAAACAUCCUCACCCCAAUAACCUUGUUCAUUCUCACUCACUUUCUCACACAAAUGCAAAGAGUAAUCUGUCCACGGUUAACACGAACAAUAAAGAAAACGGUACCAGCAACGAUGAGGUAGAAACGCUUAAGAAAAACAAUCCCUCUUCUUGGGACCCCAGUGACGAUAUCAAGCUUCGCCACUUGAAGGAAAUCAAAAACUUGGGUUGGAAAGAAAUAGCUCAUCAUUUCCCGAACAGAACUCCCAACGCUUGCCAAUUCAGAUGGAGGAGACUAAAAUCAGGAAACUUAAAAUCAAACAAAACCGCUGUUAUUGAUAUCAAUAAGUUAUUCGGCGUGUACACUACCGGCAACGCUACUACAGCUGCCAGCGCUUCGCCAACUGAAGAGAUCGUGAAAGAGGAAGCAGUUGAGGAUGAAGACAUUACUUCAGGUUCUAGUGCGAUCGACGAUUCUCCACCAGAUUUCAAGCCACUGGUUAAGCCCAAAUAUAUGGACAGGAAACUAAUGACUCAAAGAUCCACCUCAACGUUCUUGGACCUCGAACCGCAGCACAGUAAACCGAGAAAACUGUUUGUUAAGCCAAGAUCAUUUUCUCAUUCUAUAGCCACCAAUACGCCUAAUAUAAAGACUGCUCAACAGACAAACCUUAAUUUUUAUAAUUCUCUUUCGACGAAGACAAACAAAAGUGUCAAUUCCAGCGACUAUGAAAACGUUGGUCUUGUACCUAAGAUUAUCAUUAGAUCCAGAAGGAACUCGUUCAUUCCUUCAACUCAGAUAUCUCACUCUACCAUUAAGUCUAGAAAGAGCUCCCAUUCCGUGAUUUCUUCCAGAAGAUCAUCUUUUAACAUGAUGCAUUCGAGAAGAUCAUCCUUCAACUCUCACGCCCCCACAGAGCCCAUUUCUAGAAGGGCUUCCUUGGUGGUUAGCCCGUAUAUGUCGCCUAGGAGAUUAUCAACAUCACAAUCCGUUCACCAUCAUCCACAGCAACAAUAUUAUCUUAACCCCGUAGCCUCUCCUAACUACAAGACAGAUCACCCUAAUGACAAAAUAACGCACACAAGGACUUUCUUGGAUAUGCAAAAAUUUGCUAAUAAGCACCCGUGGUCUAGAGAAGAUGAUGAAGUUUUACUCAACAAUACAAAAGACAACAACAACCAUUUAUCUACGCUGGAAAUUUCUAUUGUUUUACCUAAUAACAGAUCCGAAGUAGAAAUCCAACAGAGAAUCGAUUACUUGAAAAGGAAAAGACGGACUAGCGGCAUUCAUAGAAGUCAAGGAAGUGAAGAAGAGGAAGGAGAAGACAUCGACCCGCUGCACAGGGAAAAUGAUACGAAUACGCCGCCACAGCAAGCACAAGUUUGUUACGUUAGACCAGAGUCUGGGAAUGAUACAGCAAAGGCUAGCGAACUUUCUUCUAUGACCAACGGGAAUGACAUACACAUUGAGCAAGAUGAAUUACCGGGUAUAAAUUCUAUAUUCAAGAAUAUCUUUUGA